AUUACAGCUCAGUUUAAACUCACUUUGGACUAACAAUCAAAAUCGUGGCCUAAUUUUCUUAACCAAAAAAGUAAAAAGAUCUUUCAAAGAUCCAAAGCUCUACCGGGUAAUUAGCCUGAAACUGAUUAUGUCUGCUCUUAUCAUUCAAAUCCCACACUGCAACACCCUCCCUAUCUUACGCUCCUGGAUUUAUCCCUUAUAAGGAACCUCAGAGGGAUAUAUAAACACUCCUUAUGCAUCCUUGCAAAUAAAGAGCAGGUGAAGGGCUGCCACUCAGCUGUACCACAGCAGCAGAUUGCAUCCUUUAUUUCCUCUGGAUCACUAGUGGGCAAAGAUGAACGGCACUGAGGGAAAAAACUUCUACGUCCCCAUGUCCAACAGGACCGGGCUAGUGAGGAGUCCUUUUGAGUAUCCGCAGUAUUAUCUAGCUGAACCGUGGCAGUUUAAAAUUCUUGCCCUCUACCUUUUCUUCCUCAUGUCCAUGGGUCUACCCAUCAAUGGCCUUACAUUGGUGGUUACAGCUCAACACAAAAAGCUCAGGCAACCUCUCAACUUCAUUUUGGUCAACCUGGCUGUGGCUGGUACAAUCAUGGUUUGUUUCGGAUUCACAGUCACUUUCUACACAGCAAUUAAUGGCUACUUUGUUCUGGGACCAACUGGCUGUGCGGUUGAAGGCUUCAUGGCCACGCUUGGAGGUGAAGUUGCCCUUUGGUCACUUGUGGUGCUGGCCAUCGAAAGAUACAUUGUGGUUUGCAAACCAAUGGGUAGUUUCAAAUUCUCUUCCAGCCAUGCUUUUGCAGGAAUUGCAUUUACAUGGGUAAUGGCAUUGGCGUGUGCAGCUCCCCCUUUGUUUGGAUGGUCCAGAUAUAUCCCUGAGGGAAUGCAGUGCUCAUGUGGACCAGACUACUACACCCUGAAUCCUGACUACAACAAUGAAUCAUAUGUCAUCUACAUGUUCGUUUGCCAUUUUAUAUUGCCAGUCGCUGUAAUCUUCUUCACCUAUGGACGGCUUGUGUGCACUGUCAAAGCGGCUGCAGCUCAACAGCAGGACUCAGCAUCCACCCAGAAAGCUGAAAGGGAAGUGACAAAAAUGGUCAUCCUGAUGGUUUUCGGCUUCCUGAUAGCUUGGACCCCUUAUGCCACUGUUGCUGCCUGGAUAUUCUUUAAUAAGGGAGCAGAUUUCAGUGCAAAGUUCAUGGCUAUACCUGCCUUCUUCUCAAAGAGCUCAGCCUUAUAUAACCCUGUUAUCUAUGUGCUGCUAAACAAACAGUUCCGUAACUGCAUGCUGACCACUAUUUUCUGUGGAAAGAACCCUCUUGGUGAUGAUGAGUCCUCAACUGUGUCCACCAGCAAGACGGAGGUGUCCUCUGUAUCUCCAGCAUAGACUUUUGGACCUCUCACAGAUUAUGUUCUUUUAGUCAUUGACCAAUUUGAGCAUCUGAAAAAAAAAAGACAAAAAAAAAAAAAGACAGCUGGAUUAGUUUUUGAUUGUGUUCACUUUCACCAUUCAUUUGGUGAACGCAGAAGACGUUGAUGUGUGAAAACUUUAAAAGUAUUGGAUGAUCAGUGAACAUUUGAAUUGUGGUUUUAUUUUUAUGCACCAGGAGGCUAGCAUUUGUAUCUUUUGCCUAAAAUGUACAUAUGUAUUUUGUAAAUACUGAAAAAGAAAUACAUAGGAAUAAACACUGGCAUUAAA